AUGGAUAAAUGUGUGUUUUGUGGCUGGUCUCGUCGCUCGGCCUAUCCGGCGAUUCGAUUUUUCGGCAUUCCGAAAGAACCCGGAAUGAAACGGGUGCAAUGGUUGUACGCCAUUGGCGAUCGUGAAGUAACCAACAAGGAUCGAGUGUGCAGUGUGCAUUUUCGGUCAGGUCGACCGUCCAGUGAUCCAUCACACGAGGAUUUUGUACCACAUCUUUUCUUGAACCGUGAACCACCACCUGAGGUUUUGCAGUACUUGGAAGAGUUGGCCGAAAUGAAGCCUGAUCCGUAUGCGGCCGGUUACGAGGUCUGCCAUAAUGCCUUCUUGCUUGCGCAAUUGCAAGCUAACAUAUAUCAACUUGCAUCUAUUCACCGCAACAAAUUGGAACAUGGUCGUACAUGUAAACCGUUGAUUUUGAAACGGAAACGAAAACCUAGUUUGUCUAAAACUCAGCUAGCAAAUAAUGGUGGAGCUCAUCAAUCAUCAACAAGACUCACUCCUGAGGUUUCCUCAUCUCAAGCNUCAAUUCCACAGCAGCAACAAAGCCAAUCACAGUAUCAGGCACAAAACUUGCAGCAACAUCAAACUCAUCAAGAGACGAUAUGCUCCUCUCAGAUUGCACAACCCAAUAUACCCUACUCUCAAACCACAACAACAUCCCAAAUACAAGUCCAGCCACAGCAACACCAACAAAUGUCACGCAACAAUAUCGUAACAUUGCAAAUCCCAGAAACUGGUCAAAUCAAACGAGUCAAAUUGCAAAUGCUCCAGAAACCUAUAGUGGAAGCGGCUGGAGUGAAACCCGGUCAAACGGUUAUCAUUAAACGCCGUGUGCCGGUUUUGAGGAGUUCAUUCCAAGCCUUAGCCGCGAACGCCGUUGAGGAUCGCCGUGUCCCGCAACUACAACGCAACAUCCCCGAAGAAAAUAUAAUUGUCGCAGAAGAACAAACUGUUCAGUAG